AUGCUGGUGUCAAAUGGCCUUGAGAAUCUGCAGUGUGUGGCUCAGGUCUAUGAUGGUCUGUCAGUCAUGAGCGGGGCAGUUGGUGGUGUACAGGCCCAUUUCCAUGUCAAUCACCCAGAAGCGAUAUAUAUCCACUGUUAUGCGCAUGAGCUUAACUUGGUGUUAUGCUACACCUGCAAGGCAGUCCCAGAAGCCGGCGACUUCUUUGACGCAUUAGAGAGUGUGUACUCUUUUUCCAGGGUAGAGAGACCCACAGUAGCUACUGUAAUUGAGUGCUAGCAGUGUCUGCUGUGGCAGAUGGGAAGGUGCAAGUUACCUGAAUGUAUUGUAUUGUAUUUAUAUUGUAUUAUUAUAAAAUUAGUAGAAAAAUAUAUAUGGGAAAAUAUGAACAGAAAAUAUGAUAACUGAAUAAUGAAUUGAUAUUAGUCUGAAUAUUAUACCUGUGUAACGGCAAUUGAAAAAAUUACAAACUAAAUAAAAAGUUAUUAGAAAAAAUCUUAUUAGAUCUAGGGCUCUAAUCAAUCCGUAUCGUGGAAAUUCAGCGUUACAGCAUGAGUGAAAUUUAAAGGCAAUGUUCCCGCGUUAGUGGAGACUGCAUUCACGGUAAAUGCUGCAUACAGUGCCUUUGGAAAGUAUUCAUACCCCCUUGACUUUUUCCACAUUUUGCUAGGUUACAGCCUUAUUCUAAAAUUGAUUAAAUUGUUUUUUUUCCCCACCGCAUGAUACUGCCACAACCAUGCUUCAUCGUAGGGAUGGUGCCAGGUUUCCUCCAGACGUGACGCUUGGCAUUCAGGCCAAAGAGUUCAAUCUUGGUUUCAUCAGACCAGAGAAUCUUGUUUCUCAUUGUCUGAGAGUCCUUUAGGUGCCUUUUGGCAAACUCCAAGCGGGCUGUCAUGUGCCUUUUACCGAGGAGUGGCUUCCAUCUGGCCACUCUACAAUAAAGGCCUGAUUGGUGGAGUGCUGCAGAGAUGGUUGUCCUUCUGGAAGGUUCUCCCAUCGCCUCAGAGGAACUCUAGAGCUCUGUCAGAGUGACCAUUGGGUUCUUGGUGACCAAGGCCCUUCUCCCCCAAUUGCUCAGUUUGGCCAAGCGGCCAGCUCUACGAAGAGUCUUGGUGGUUCCAAACUUCUUCCAUUUAAGAAUGAUGGAGGCCACAAUGCUGCAGAAAUGUUUUGGUACCCUUCCCCAGAUAUGUGCCUCAAUACUAUCCUGUCUCGGAGCUCUACGGACAAUUCCUUCGACCUCAUGGCUUGUUUUUUGCUCUGACAUGCACUGUCAACUGUGGGACCUUAUAUAGACAGGUGUAUGCCUUUCCAAAUCAUGUCCAAUCAAUUGAAUUUACCACAGGUGUACUCCAAUCAAGUUGUAGAAACAUAUCAAGGAUGAUCAAUGGAAACAGGAUGCACCUGAGAUCAAUUUCGAGUCUCAUAGCAAAGGGUCUGAAUACUUAUGUAAAUAAGGUAUUUCAGUUUUUUAUUGUUAAAACAUUUGCAAAAUUUUCUAAAAACCUGUUUUUGCUUUGUCAUUAUGGGGUAUUGUGUGUAGAUAAGGCUGUAAUGUAACAAAAUGUGGAAAAAGUCAAGGGGUCUGAAUACUUUCCGAAGGCACUGUAUGUCGGCUCCAUCGGAAAUGUACCUUUACAUUUCUAGCACACAAUCUGCAGCAUUUCAGCGAUACAGAAUGAAUAGAGCCCCUAAUCUCUCAAUGUUUAUCUCAAAGUGCAACAAAUUCAUGCAUUUAGCUGUUGAAAUUCCUUAUUUUUUUGCUGGGUGAGGAUGACCCCAGACCCCCCUGCUGGCUUUGGGCUAAGCCCCAAAUGUCUUAAAAACCUAGAAGCGCCCCUGGUCGAAGCUAGCCUUGACAUAGUAGUAAGCAUUUCCGUCUUGAAUAGGGAGAGACAGGCACUCAAACCCACCCCCAGGGAGACCGGGAUAGCUAGCUGCCAGUCGAUACAUGAGUUGCUUUUCUAUUUUAUUUCUCUCUCUUUCUCCCUUUCUCUUUAUGUGGAUCAUACUGAAGCAGAUCAAUUCAAUGGGAGAAUGUUCCAUGCAAGAAUCAAAAGAUUUAAAUAGCCCUCCUCCAUCUCUGCUUUGUAGAGAAACUGUUAUCUAAAACAGUUUGGAGUGGAUAUUGAUCAUUGUGGUUUCCCAUUUCUAUUAGAAUUGUGUUUUAUCACACCAGAUCUGGUAAAAGGCUUCUCUGGUUCAAGUACCUUGUAUGUAUAAAUCCUUCCCUCUUUAUCCAAACAUCAUCUAACCAUUUUUCCAGAGAUUGCAAACUUAUAUUCUCAAUGCUCAUUCUAUUUCAUAAUGCUCACUUUGGAAUUUAGUAUACAGAGGGAAAAUAUUUUAAACAUAUAUUUCAACAUUUUAACUUUUAAUUCAUCAACUGUUCAAUACUUUGGCACAGAAAGUUACUACUUAUCCAUUUGAACAUUUCCUGUUGUGAGAUGAUUGGCUCACACCACUGGUUAGGAGUGUGAGCUGAGUCCGUCUAUAGAGAGAACUGGGGAUUAGCUACAGCAGAUCAAUGUGUUCCUUGUCCUCAGGCAUGGAAAACCACUGUCUGUUCACCCCCUGGAAUUGCAUGGCCAAACCUUCCAUAAUGAAGGCCUGAGAGCUACAGGGGAAAUUAUAAUCUUCUGGACCAUGUUGUGUUCUAUGAAUAAAAUGGUGGUGCCCUUUCUUUUGGUAUGCAUUAUUGUGCUUUAGAUCAGGGUUUCCCAUACUUGGUCCUGGGGCCCCCCCUGGGUGCACGUUUAGUUUUUUGCCCUAGCACUACACAGCUGAUUAAAAUAAUGAAAGCUUGAUGAUGAGUUGAUUAUUUUAAUCAGCUGUGUAGUACUAGGGAAAAAACAAAAACGUGUGAUUCUACUGUAUGUGUACAUUCUGUAUUAUGUAUUGUGUAUUCAGAGGGUCUCCCAGUUGCAGGAACCCAGAGUAGUAGUGCAGCACCACUCUGUGGAGCACUCUGUGGAGCACUCCUCUGUGGAGCCUUCUGUGGAGCACCACUCUGUGGAGCCCCACUCUGUGAAGCCCUCUGUGGAGCCCCCUGUGGAGCACCACUCUGUGGAGCACCACUCUGUGGAGCCCUCUGUGGAGCACCACUCUGUGGAACCCAGUGAGUCACAAGCCUCAUUUCCUCUUCCUCCAGAUGCAUCCAAGAAGUCCCAGGAAGUCCCAGCGGAGGACUUUGACAUCGACAUGGACGCCCCGGAGACUGAGAAGGCGGCCGUCGCCAUCCAAUCGCAGUUCCGGAAGUUCCAGACUAAGAAGAAGACUGACGACAAGUCAUAG